AUGAAUGGAACAACAACUGCAAGCAUUGACCUUAUUCCACUGGAAAUAUCUCCAUAUGGGGUUUACAUUCCGGACUACUUCAAUAUGGACUAUGCACUUCCGGUUUACGGUUACAUCACACCUGCACUUUCUAUCGUUGUCACGGUAACCAAUAUCCUUUUCGUCACCGUUUUUGUCAGGAGCGGUAUGAAGUCGCCCACUCACAUCUUACUACGGUUUAUGGCGAUAUCAGACACAUUGACCGUGGUCAUCCCAACCCCUUGUUUUAUCUACAUCUAUCUCCUCAGGAAUUAUGAGGAGUUCUUAGUCUAUGACCUUUGUAAGGUUUGGGAUCUUUUCACAAACUUUAUCCCUGCAAUCACUCAUGCAGCGUCUAUAUGGCUGACUGUUGUUUUGGCAUUUCAGAGAUUUUUAUGCGUGUGUUUCCCAUUAAAUGUUAAAAUCUGGUUCAAUGCGAAAAGAACAUAUAUCACCAUUGCAGCAACAUAUGUUCUCGCGAUAUGUUCUAACAUCUCGCGAUUUCUCGAAAAGGAUGUAAUUCCUGUAAAGUUAAUCUCGAAAUUAAAACCAGGAACAAUAAUGGAGGGAUGUGUUUAUAAGUAUAACGACUGGAUGAUUGAAUCCGGUAUAGAUUAUCUCAAAAUCUACUAUUGGCUAAGGGCAUUGCUUGUUCAGCUAGCGCCGUGCAUCACUAUGGCAAUAUUUAAUGGAGUCGUACUGUAUAAAAUUAAAGUUGCUGAAAGACGGAGGAUGACCUUAAGAUCUGGAAUGACGACCAUGCGAAGAACUUCCGUUCAAGAAUCACGUGAGAGUCGAGUGACAACGCUGUUGGUCUGUUUCAUCGUCUUGAGUGUUCUGAUUGUAGAAAUACCAGUGGCUAUAUUUCUAAUACUCUACGCAUGUGCAUUGUCGCUUGAAGUAACUAUCAUUCCCAAUGAUCAGAUUGAACCACUAAGCAUUAUGUCGAAUUUGUUAGUACUAGCGUCAUAUCCGCUUCAUUUUGCUUUGUACUCGUGCAUGAGCACUCACUUCCGUUCAACCUUGUGCAAGCUACUAAGACCACGAUGCUUAUCGACAAAGGGUAAAUUUGAAGUUAAAGACGGUCGCAAUCGAAACGUCUCUGAGAAUGAAUCCAUUGAUACUCACAUGUAG